UCUGUCUGUCUUGCAGUCCUACCAGGACCUGGUCCAGCGCCUGGAGCCGGUGAUCAUGGAGCUGGAGCGCCAGGAGAACGUGCUGGUCAUCUGCCAUCAGGCCGUCCUGCGUUGCCUCUUGGCCUACUUCCUGGAUAAGAGUGCAGAGGAGAUGCCUUAUCUGAAAUGCCCCCUUCACACCGUCCUCAAACUGACACCUGUUGCUUACGGCUGCCGUGUAGAGUCCAUCUACCUGCAUGUGGAGUCUGUGAGCACGCACCGGGAGAGGUCAGAGGAUGCAAAGAAGGGACCUAACCCGCUCAUGAGACGCAAUAGUGUCACCCCACUAGCCAGCCCCGAGCCCACCAAAAAGCCUCGCAUCAACAGCUUUGAGGAGCAUGUGGCUUCUACCUCCGCUGCCCUGCCCAACUGCCUGCCCCCGGAGGUGCCCACGCAGCUGCCCGGACAACCUUUGCUAGGGAAAGCCUGUUUCCAGGCGUUGUAACCGAGUGCUUCUAGAGCAAGAGUUCUCCUGGCGUGAAAACUAGCCUUUGGAUUUGGAGGCUUCUACUUUUGCAUCUGUGCACAUCCUGUUCCUUUUGAGCCAUGGCCUGAUGUUGCCAGGAAAGACACCUUCCUGCUGGGAGGGUGCCCCUCGGGCACAUCCUCCCCACCUUCUAAGGUUGAACUUGCUUGUCUCCGUGGCUCAUAGUGCCUUUGGCUAGAAUCCCUCCAGUUCAGCAAAAGUGUAUCCUCUGGACCCGUCACAUCUGCACCAGCGUCCAGCCCCACCUGGGAGUGUGAGGCCACGUCUGAGAUCGCAGAUACCCACUUUUACUACUCAAGUCAAACUGAGCCCGGUUUGGAUCUUGGUUUUUAUUACCCUCCAUCUUUCGACUUCUGGACAAUUCUAGCACUUCUGCUUCCUCGUCUGUAACAUGGAGACAGGAACAGUACAAGGUGUUUUGAUCAUGAGAAUAUAGAUGUGGAGCUUAGCAGAACGUCCAGCACAUAGUCUGUGCCCGGCGGAUGCUAGCCGUUAUCACGGGACAGACGGUGCCCUGUGCUUUGCUGGGAUGCCCAAGGUGCUCGGGUUUGCGCUCCCUCUGCAUUUGGAUGCCCCCCUGUUCCUUCUGCACGGGCCAGUGGGGUUUCUUCUCAUGAGCAGCAGGAGCAUCAGGAGACUGGGGAGUGGGGAGAAUCCCUGGGGGCUUACGGGUUGUGGCCUGAGGACACCAGCGAGAUUGUGAGAUCGUGGUUUCCUGGUUAAUUGGGCCCGCCUGCCGGGUCGGAUGCCGCGUCCUGCCGUCCUCCCCUGCGGGUGGCGCUAGUGCUCUGGGCAGCAGACCAUCGGGCAUCCUUGAUUUUUAAAUUUCAAAUGCACACGAAAAAGAAGAUACUACUAAAGAUGUUUUGUUCUGUUCUUCUUUUCCAACAUGUUCUUCCCUUCCCCCCACUAUGCUUGAAAGACGAACUGUUUGUCACAUUUUCUCAAAGUUUUCUCCUUACUAACCUUGGAAAGGUAAAUGGCUCGGUGCAUGCCCCUCUCUGUCCCCUCCACCUCUCCCUGAGGCAUGGCAUCUCAGCCUGUCCGGGCAUCUCGGUCUGUGUGGAGACUGGCCAUUGUCAAGUCUGUGACUCAAACACCCCGUGCCGGAGAACACGUGUUUUUUUAAGAGCAGCACCAUUGUCUCGAGGUCCUCUCUCUCUUGUUUCCUCGUUUCCCUCCAUAUGGCCUGAGCCAGGGCACCAUGUGUGAGUGAUGUGACGUGGCCCGUGCCUGCACUCCCCAGUGUCAUUGUUGCAUUCGUCAUCAUCCGUGGGCGUGCGAGGUCGGAGGGCCGGGUGGAGCCAGCAGCUGCAGUGGGGCCGGGCGGCACCUCGAGCUCCCUAAGUGGCGGGCUGCAAGGCGGCGAGGUCCUCCCGGGGAGACCCCUACCCACAGACACCACCUCACGUACCUGUGACCUGAGGCGGCGGUGGCCUGGGCUGAGCGGGGGCUGCGGGUCCUGCGAGUCUCUUCUGUCCAGGCGUCCCGACCGUGGGCCCUUGGUUCUGCACGGGAGCAGGGGGGGCCGCCAGGAUCCCUGCACCCCUGUGUGCCCGCCUCCGCUCCCCUCCUCCCCCGCCCCCUUCACAUGGCCUGGGCAGAGACAGGAGGGGAAAGAGCACUUGGACCAACUGUUUCCUUUCUUGGCGGGGCGGGUGGAGGUGAGGCGAGGAGCGCGCCGUGUGCCCUGGCAGCUGCCGUCUGGCCCCAGCUGACUGAGAAACAGGUUUUUAAGGGGGUUUUGAUCUUGGUCAGCGUCGUAGGUAGGGGUGGGACUUCCGGCGAGGACUGCUUUUGUUAGAGCAGGAAGAGAGCUUUAGUGACAUGCGUCCUUCCCUGCCUGGCGUCCUUGCCUGGCUCCUCCCCGGUGCCAUCCAUCCGGCCAGUGGCACCCAUGUUCUGGGCGCCCGGCCCGUUCCUAGAAUCUGGGGUCCAAGGGCCGGACGCGCGGUCUACUUGAGCAAGUUGGGAGGAGAGUCCUUAUGCUUCGUUGGAGGGCCCCUGGCCCAUCUCCUGCCCGGCUUUGGGCGGCUGGAGUCCCCUGGGGGCGGGCGGGCCGGUCUCCAGGCUCUAAAGGGCCGAGGGCUGGAGGGCUCCUUAAGUGUGGGCGCUUGGUGUUGCCCGGAGCUCCGACCCACGAGAGCUGCCUGUUCUCCCACGCCUCCUAGAAGCAGGUGCCAGGCCUCUGCCCCGAGGGCCCUCGCCCGGCCUUGCCCAGGCCCUUCUGUGGGGUGACGCUGGGCUUAACUUCCACCACGGCCCUGGAGCCCACCUGGGCCUUCUUCCACCCGUUUGGCGAUGACGCUCUUCUGGGGUCGUGUUCUUUGUCUGAGGGAGGGACGUGGUCUCCAUGGCAUGGCUUUAGUCUUUUUGGCUUUAGGAAGCCUUGUGGACAGGAAAUAAUAAUUCCCUUUCCUUGCCCCUCUCUUCUCCUGGAAACAGAACAUGAAAGGCACCCAGAGCAGCAUCGACUCCAGGACACACUGAGGCCGGACCCGGCGGUUCCAUUACAGUUCCAUUCCUGCAGCUUAGUUAGUGCUUUUCCCAUCUACCCGAGGCCAGCGAUUCCCCAGGACUUCUUCCAGAACGGGGUGGGUGGGAUCGAAGAGGGGCCUGCUGGUCAGAGAGAACUGGGCUGCCGACCGCGGCGGGGCAGCCGAGACCCCAGGAGGCCUCUCCCGGGGGCGUGCGUGGGGUCCGUGCCCUCUCCCUGGCCUCCCUGACCCUCCGCAUGGCUCAGAAAGGAUGAUGAGCCGUCGAAGAGGAGCUGGGAGAAGGCCCCGAGGAGGGGAUGUUGGCCUCCACGCUGUUUUGUUUUGUUUAGUUUCUAUGAUCCUGACCUGGUAUGUUCCCAGCUUGGGGAGAUGACACUCGGCCCCAGAAUCCUAAAGUUAAAGGGGGGCCUAGAUCUCAGUUGCUGAAGAGGAAGGGAUGGUGACAACCUUGGUGAAAACUUUUACAAGGCUCUUCUGUGCCUCGUGGCUCAGACGUUGCCUCGUGAAGGAAGGAUUCAGGCCUGCACCGGGCUGGGGCCGGAGGUGCAGGGAGAAGGCUCUGAGCCAGACGCGCCUGUCUGAUCGGCAGCCACCUGCCGCGGGGCCACACGCCUUCCUUUCUGGGUCUGCGUUCUGCCUCUGGAGACGCUCAAGGACAGUCUGGCUGUGUCGGCAAAAGGAAAUAUUGUUCCAGAAGAGCCCCAGGGCCUCCCCCAUCCCCCUCCCCCCUGAGCUGCUUGCUCUUGCACUUUUUUAACUGGCAGAAGGCGGGAUGGGAAGGUUGCACCUUCUCUUCAGGAACCUCGAUGUUUGGGGUUCAUGCCCUUGGAGACUGGAGCUUGGAAAGCAUGUGGGGAACGGGGCAUGCCCAUGAGAUGGGGAGCUCAGAGGGACCCCAGUCAACCAGCGGGCAGCAAGUUGUUCGGAUCCUUGCAAGACUGACCCGGGAGAUGGAGCAGAGAUGAUCACGGCUCUGGCCUCCUUCCUUCAGGAUGUUCAUCGUCUCCCUGUGCUUCCCACGUGGGGACGGUGGCCCAGCCGAGACGUCCCCUGCAGCUGCGUCCUCCAAGAGGCUGUCUGUGGUCUCCUGACGGGACUGAGCUCAAUCCUGCAUAUUUUUGUGGAGCAUCUGCUAUACACCCAGCACGGUGCUGGCUUGCUUUAUUCCGAAGAAGAGAAUGUCCUCGCUUGCCUUUGGCUCCUGUGGCCUUUAUGGGGGUGGAUCAGACCAGGGCUUGUGGGACAUGUGGUUCUGAAUACCUGUAGUUUCUGCCUACUGGUUUCUCCUUGCUGCCUCCAUGGACUGGGGAUGAGCAGGUGUCUUGAGGCCCAGAAGAAAUGAUUUGGAGACUCCGUGGUAGAAUUUCCCCAAAUGACCUUUGGGGAAUCUUCGAAGAAUCUCUAAAAGCUGGUGCCAAAGGUCACUUCCCUUGCUUGCCCUCUGCUUUCGAGUCUGACAGUCUCGCCCCUCUAAGCUGACGAGACAUGUACCGGGAGUGGGGUCGGGGUGUGGGGGUGGGGGACUCGGACAUCCAGAGCGGAGACUGGACAACACGUGCUUUUCUGGUUGGGGUUCAGUGGGACAUUGGGACAUGCUUCCGAUACCAUACAAUCAAGUUCGUGGGUUUCACACUGAAACAUUCAGGUCCUCCCCCAUUCUUCCCCAGUUGGGCACUUUGCCCAAAACGAUGUCUGUGUAUCUUUGUUCCUGUGUGACCGAAGAUGGGUUAUUUUCCCUUUCCUGCCAUCUUGAGUCUCGUCAGACGGCAAGUGUGUGUGCACAAGCGUGUGCUUGUAGGUUGGUCGUAUUUUUAGACAGAGGGGCCUGUGGCUCUGCUCUUGAGAACAGCUUUCUUAAGUCCCUCUUUCUGGACAAGGCCCUCUUUCUGGCCUCCUUGUCAUGCUGGCUGUCAGAGCCGACUCUUGAGUUUUGACCCUUCCUACCGAUCCACCUGGGGCUGUGUGUGGGUGCCCUCCCCCGGCCGCCAACUGCUGAGGUCAGUACCUACGGAAGUGAACAUCCUGAACACUCAUUUGUGAGGGCCCAGAUGGGGCGAGAGGACAUAAACACGGAAGAGGAGAGAGACCCCAGAGAGGUCAGAAUGCUUCCCGACUGAAAGCCGGGAUCUGACCCGAGGCGCUGGACGGAGCGUGUGUUUGAGCUGUGGUCAUAGGGCUACUGAUACUCUAUCACCUCUCCCCCCUUACUCCCCCCAAAAUAUCUGGGACCAAUUUUGUUAACGCGGUAUAGUUGUUUUUGGGUGGGCUUACCCCCUGUCCUUACUCUGUCCUGAGACCACGGGCGAAGCUCGUCAUUCGCGGGGAGAAGAGAAACAACCACACCAAUGAUGUUUUCGUUUGUAAUACUUGAAAUUUAUUUUUUUAUUAUUUUGAUAGCAGAUGUGCUAUUUAUUUAUUUAAUAUGUAUAAGGGAGCCUGAAAAUAGAAUGCUGUAUAGAUCGGGUUUAGUUGUUCGUUGGUUGGUUUGGGGGCCUUUUACGUGUGACUUACGACUUUCUCUGUGUUCUGUAUAUUGUCAGAAUUAAUGACCUGGGAUGAGGGUGUGCCAGCUUUUCAAACGGGAUGCUUUUCAGAAAUUUGUAUAUUUUGCAGUCGCCAGAACAAUAAAAUACCUGGUUGAAAUACA